AUGAUGGGGAGAGAGAAGGGCAUCAAAGAAAUUCUGGGUGAUACACGCAAACCAAAGCAGUGUGUUCCUGUCAGCACAAGCUCCAAUCAGAUAUUCAAACAUAGCUAUUUGUGGACAGACCAUUUGGAACAUCUGAAGAGUAACCUAGUCCAUGCUGAGAAUAAUGAUUUGAGCCCUUUGGAAGAUAGGACUGGCCUGACCUUAAAUCAGAGAUUUAGAAAUGAAGAACAAAGUGCUCAGUGGGAUUCAUUCGAGAGGGGCUUCACUGAGGAGUCGACCCUCCAGAAUGACCAGAGGCUUUUCAGUGGAGACAGAUUUGCUCAAUGCACUGUAUCUCAAAAAACAUUGAACCAGGGCUCCUGUGUUCACCAAUGUGUCAGGGCUAGGUUUGCAGAGAACCGUUAUGAAUGUGAUAAAUGUGGGGAAGGCUUUCAUCCAAGCUCUUACCUCAGUAUACUCCCUUCAGGAGACUGUCUUCAUAAAGUUAAUGAAUGUGGGAAAGCUUGUAACCAGUCUUCCAGUGUUGGUGAUCAUCAGAGAAUUCAUGAGGGAAAAAGCCCAUUCACAUCUAGUAAACCAGGGACCAUGUUUACUCAGUCACCAAGCCUAAACAUCAGUGAGAUAAUCCCUCAGGGAGAAGAAACUUACCUCUCUAAGGAAUGUGGUAAAUCCUUUGAUUGUCACUCAGCACUAUCUCAACAUCAACGAAUGCAUACUGGAGAAAAAGUAUACAAAUGUGAAGAAGGUGGUCAAACCUUUAAGGACUGUUCAUCAAUAAAUGGUCAUUUGCAGAUCUAUUCUGGAGAGAAACCUUACAAAUGUCAAGAAUGUGGCAAGGCUUUUAAUGAUCACUCAAGUCUUAAUAGAGAUAAACAAAUUCAUAUUGCAGGGAAAAAUUACAACUGUAAUGAAUGUGCCAGAGCCUUUAAAUCAUUCUCAGAACUUACUCACCAUCACAAAAUUCAUUGUGGGAAAAAACCUUACCAGUGUCAAGAAUGUGGCAAGGCCUUUAAACACCCUUCACACCUUACUCAGCAUCACAGAAUUCAUACUUGAGAGAAACCUUACCAAUGUCAAGUAUGUGGGAAGGCCUUUAAUAUGCACUCUCAUGUCACUCGACAUUAUAGAAUUCAUACUGGAGAGAAACCUUACCAAUGUCAGGAAUGUGGCAAGGCCUAUUCUGACAGGUCAACCCUUACUCAACAUCACAAAAUCCAUACUGGAGAAAAACCAUACCAAUGUCAAGAAUGUGGUAAGGCCUUUAACCACAGCUCAAUCCUUACUCGACAUCACAGAAUUCAUAGUGGAGAGAAACCUUACCAAUGUCACGAAUGUGGCAAGAGCUUUAACCGGAUCUCAGCCCUUAUUCAACAUCACAGAACUCAUACAGGAGAGAAACCUUACCAAUGUCACAAAUGUGGCAAGAGCUUUAACUGGAACUCAGACCUUAUUCAACAUCACAGAAUUCAUAGUGGAGAGAAACCUUACCAACGUGAAGAAUGUGGCAAGACCUUAAAGGACAACUCAACUCUUACAGAACAUUACAGUAUUCAUACUUGAGAGAAACGUUACCAAUGUCAGAAAUGUGGCAGGAGCUUUAACCAGAGCUCAAGACUUAUUCAGCAUCACAGAAUUCAUACUGGAGAGAAACCUUACCAAUGUCAAGAAUGUGGCAAGGCCUUUAACUGCCUUUCACACCUUACUUGACAUCAUAAAAUUCAUACUGGAGAAAAACUUUACCAAUGUCAGGAAUGUGGCAAAGCCUUUAAUGUGCACUCACACCUCAGUCAACAUAGCAUAACCCAUACCAGAAUGAAACACUAUAAAUACCAAGAAUGUGACAAGGCCAUUAACUGGUGCUCAAGGCUUACUCAAAAUCAGGGAAUUCAUAAUGGAAAGAAAUCCUACCAAUGUCAAGAAUGUGGCAAGGCCUUUAACCACAGCUCAGACCUUACUCGACAUCACAGAAUUCAUACUGGAGAGAAACCUUACCGAUGUCAUGAAUGUGGCAAGAGCUUUAACUGGAGCUUAGGCCUUAUUCAACAUCACAGAACUCAUACUGGAGAGAAACCUUAA